GCCAAUCUGCGUUUACAGUGAAACCCAACUCUUCCUGUUUCGGAUUAGGAAACGAUCGCAAUGUAAAUAGAGACAGUAGUGGUAAUCGUGAAAUCACUGUAUAUUCAAUCUGAUAUGCCGAAUGAAUUGCAGUGAUUUGCGUGAACUGCCAUACGGUUUAUGAGAGGGAGCACAAGGUAAGUGAUGACCUAUUGCUAACUUGCUAGCUAUUUAAUUUCUGGUUUUGCAGUGGUAAACCACGUCAUGUCAUUCAGAUAUGCGGUUGUAGAUUUUCAGCUAUAUUAUGCAAAAAUAGCAAUCUACCUGCGAUAAAUUUAGCUGGCUACUACUAGUUUAGAGUGCUUUAUAAACCAACGUAAACCUAGCUAUAUGUCACUUAGCCAAAUUGUACCAGCUACAAUGUAUCCAUGUUGAUCAUUCACUGCGCUAUUACAAUGUAACAAACGUUAUUAAUUUGCCACAGUAUUCUCGCAACGAGUUACAAUGUUGCAGUUUGCUUGGUGGGUGACAGUUGUAGCUAAACAGACUGUCGAGUCAAAUGGGCGAUUAAAGAUCAUAUCUCAACUUGGCGUUGCAAACGCCAUGCUCUACCAACUGACCUACAUCCCUGCCGGCCAUUCUCUCCCCUACCCUGGACGACGCUGAGGGUUGUGGGUUCGAUUCCCACGGGGGGCCAGUAUGAAAAAUUCAAAAAUAAUGUAUGCACUCACUAACUGUAAGUCGCUCUGGAUAAGAGCGUCUGCUAAAUGACGUAAAUGUAAAUGGUUAAGGCAGUACACAGAGGUCUCUCUCUCUGACUACAUCUAUUUAUUGAUUGCUUGUGACAGGGGCUACGCCUUUGAAGAGCAUCACCUGCUCUAGGCAUUGCAUAAUAUAUACAGGAAGCAAAAGAGAGGAGGAGUGUUAGUUUAAUAGAAAAACCCUGCAAAUCACCAUUAUAAAGUUAUUCAUUUACCAGACGCUCUUAUCCAGAGCGACUUACAGAAGCAAUUAGGGUUAAGUGCCUUGCUCAAGGGCACAUCGACAGAUUUUUCACCUAGUUGGCUUGGGGAUUAGAACCAGCGACCUUUCGGUUACUGGCACAACGCUCUUAACCACUAAACUACCUGCCACCCCUUGAUAAACAUCAUACAAUAUUUCUGUUAUGCCACAUAGACUAUGAUGUAAUGGGCACAUUGUUGAGAAUAUGAGGCAGUGAUGAAGACUCGUGACCCAGUCUACCUGAGAUGUAGUUUAAAAAGUGUAAACAAAGCACUGUUGUAUUAAAGCUUCACUAUGCAGAAAUCACUCCGCCAUUUCCUGGUUGUAAAAUUCUAAUAGUUUGACUAAUCUUUUCCAUAGACAAAAAUAUUUUAUUUUCAGCUGUUUUAAUCUGGUGUUCAGAUUACAUAGAACAGAUCUACCACUUCUUAGACUUGCUUUCAAUGAGAAUUACAUAUCUAUAACUCACAUUUCUAUGUGAAUUUGGUCGGGUCGCCCCAAAAGUUAACCAGGGUUAUUAUUGUAACCUCACAGCAUGAUCCCCUAAUCCCAACAACAACAUACAACAGUGCCCCUAGUGCGGUGGUUCCCAACAACAAGAUAGAACGGUGCCCCUAGUGCAGUGGUUCCCAACAACAAGAUAGAACAGUGACCCUAGUGUGGUGGUUCCCAACAACAAGAUAGAACAGUUCCCCUAGUGCAGUGGUUCCCAACAACAAGAUAGAACAGUGACCUUAGUGCGGUGGUUCCCAACAACAAGAUAAAACAGUGACCCUAGUGUGGUGGUUCCCAACAACAAGAUAGAACAGUGCCCCUAGUGCGGUGGUUCCCAACAGAAAGAUAGAACAGUGCCCCUAGUGUGGUGGUUCCCAACAACAAGAUAGAACAGUGACCCUAGUGUGGUGGUUCCCAACAACAAGAUAGAACAGUUCCCCUAGUGCAGUGGUUCCCAACAACAAGAUAGAACAGUGACCCUAGUGCGGUGGUUCCCAACAACAAGAUAGAACAGUGACCCUAGUGUGGUGGUUCCCAACAACAAGAUAGAACAGUGCCCCUAGUGCGGUGGUUCCCAACAGAAAGAUAGAACAGUGCCCCUAGUGUGGUGGUUCCCAACAACAAGAUAGAACAGUGCCCCUAGUGCGGUGGUUCCUAACAGAAAGAUAGAACAGUGCCCCUAGUGUGGUGGUUCCCAACAACAAGAUAUAACAGUGCCCCUUGUGCGGUGGUUCCCAACAACAAGAUAGAACAGUGACCCUAGUGCGGUGGUUCCCAACAACAAGAUAUAACAGUGCCCAUGGUGCGGUGGUUCCCAACAACAAGAUAGAACAGUGACCCUAGUGCGGUGGUUCCCAACAACAAGAUAGAAAGGUGCCCCUAGUGCGGUGGUUCCCAACAACAAGAUAGAAAGGUGCCCCUAGUGCGGUGGUUCCCAACAACAAGAUAGAACAGUGACCCUAGUGCGGUGGUUCCCAACAACAAGAUAGAACAGUGACCCUAGUGCGGUGGUUCCCAACAACAAGAUAGAACAGUGACCCUAGUGUGGUGGUUCCCAACAACAAGAUAGAAAGGUGCCCCUAGUGCGGUGGUUCCCAACAACAAGAUAGAAAGGUGCCCCUAGUGCGGUGGUUCCCAACAACAAGAUAGAACAGUGCCCCUAGUGCGGUGGUUCCCAACAACAAGAUAGAACAGUGACCCUAGUGCAGUGGUUCCCAACAACAAGAUAGAACAGUGACCCUAGUGCGGUGGUUCCCAACAACAAUAUAGAAAGGUGCCCCUAGUGCGGUGGUUCCCAACCUUUUUCAUUUACUGUACCAACAACGGAAUUUUGCUCUGCCCGGAGUACCCCUGAAGUACCCCCUCAUGUGCAUUUUACCAAUAGGCCUAUGACUCUUCUCAAGUACCCCCUGUGGAUAGGUCCUAGUACCCCUGGUUGGGAACCACAGCCCUAGUGCAGUGGGCAAGGAAUAGGACAGGAUGAAGCUGCCAUGGCUUACACAUUGAUAUAAGGUCAGGUUGGCUUUUUACCCCCAAAUGGAUAGACUUGGGUUGGGGGAGAUUAUCUUAAAGCUGUGACUGCCUGCUACAAUCAAAGGGACAAAGAGACAAUAUACACUGAGUGUACAAAACAUUAGGAACACCUGCUCUUUCCAUGACAUAGACUGACCAGGUGAAUCCAGGUGAAAACUAUGAUCCCUUAUUGAUGUCACCUGUUAAAUCCACUUUAAUCAGUGUAGAUCAGGGUUCCCCAACUGGCGGACCGCGGGCCAAGGUGGUUUUAUUUGGCUCCCCAAGUUUUCAGAGCAAAGAAUGUGUAUAACCUAACUUUUUUUUAUUGUUUUAUUGUUGGGCAUAAAAUACUGUUAAAACACCAGGAAAUCAGCUCCAAGUUAUUUGAAUUUAAAAAAUCAGUUGCCAAGUAUUCCCACGCGUCGUAUACAAAUUAUGUUUUAGGCAAAUAUUAUAUCUGUUUGAUCCCUCACCAUCCGCUCAAGAAAAAAUCGGCCUACAGCUGAAUCUAGUUGAUGAUCUCUGGUGUAGAUGAAUGGGAGGAGACAGGUUAAAGAAGGAUUUCUAAGCCUUGAGACAAUUGAGACAUGGAUUGUGUAUGUGUGCCAUUCAGAGUGUGAAUGGGCAAGACAAAAUAUUGAAGUGCCUUUGAACGAAGUAUGGUAGUACCAGGGGCACUGGUUUGUGUCAAAAACUGGUGCUGGGUUUUUCACACUCAUACAGUUACCUGUGUAUAUCAAGAAUGGUCCAACACCCAAAGGACAUCUAGCCAAUUUGACACAACUGUGGAACGCUUUCAAUACCUUGUAGAAUCCAUACCCCGACGAAUUGAGGCUGUUCUGAGGGCAAAGCGGGAUGCAACUCAAUAUUAGGAAGGUGUUCCUAAUGUUUUGUACACUCAGUGUAUUUCCUUAGUAGUGUGUGCACUGUGCAGAUGGUAUAUGGCCCAUAAAAAUAGAGUCAGACACUGCAGUUGAUUCUGCAACUCCUGCUUCCAGAAGAGACUGGCUAGCCUAGCUUAGCCUAGCUACAUCACUGGCCUGCUGGCUAGCCUAGCUUAGCCUAGCUACAUCACUGGCCUGCUGGCUAGACCCUGAGGUAAAUGUCCUUAUUUUUAGACCAAGCAGUUUCAUCUUUUAAAUUACUUUGGUACGUCUUCCCUCUCCCUAGGCCUGACCAUGCCUGUGUCCCUGCUGUGGGCAGUGGAUGUGUAUGGGCGCGUGUACAGCCUGUCCACCGGAGGGCAGCAAUGGGAGCAGUGUCGUGAUGCUGUGUUAGAGUUUAAGAGGGUGACGUCGGUGCAGCAGUGUUGCUGGGGUAUCGCCUGUGACCAUCACAUUUACCUGAAUGUCCACUCUAGUGAUGUACCCAUACGCUACCAGGAGGAGGCAUACGAGAACCAGGUACAGGGUGUGUGUGUGUGGAGGGGGAGGGGGGGCUGUGUGUGUCUGUCUGUCUGUCUGUCUGUCUGUCUGUCUGUCUGUCUGUGCCUGUGUUUGUGCUUCUCUUGCACCUGCUGCAUUUUUGGUUCUUGUAACCCCCCCCCCCCCCCCCUCUCUCUCUCUCUCAGCGAUGGAAUCCCGUGGAUAACUUCUCGGAUCGCUUGUUGCCGAGCGACCGCUGGCAGUGGAGUAACAUCACAGGGCUGGAACACCAACCUCUUGACAGCUUCCUACUUCCCUCGACCAACUGGGAGUGGGAGGGUGACUGGUACAUCGACGAAAACUUUGGAGGAGAGCCCACAGAGAAAGAAGUGAAUGUUCUCUCUCUCUCUCUCUCUCUCUCUCUCUCUCUCUCUCUCUCUCUCUCCUCUCUCUCUCUCUCUCCUCUCUCUCCCUCUCUCUUAUUCUCCGCCCUCUCUCUCCUUAUCUUCCUUGCGCUCUCUCUUCUCCCUUGCGCUCUCCUUUCCCUUCCUUCCUUCCUUCCUUCCUUCCUUCCUUCCCUUCCUUCCUUCCCUUCCUCCUCCUUCCCUUCCUUUCCGUCCGGCCUUCCCUACUUCCUUCUUCCUGCGGCGCCCUCUUCUCUAUUCCUUCCUCCCUCUCUCGCCUCUCUCUCCCCCUCUUCCUGUUCUAUCUCUCUCUCACUUCUCUCCCUCCCGCCAUCCUCUCUUUUCCUUCUCUGUUCUCUCUCUCUCCUUCUCUCUCGCCCUCUCUCUUUCCUUCUCUGUCCUUCUCUCUCUCUCCUUCUCUCUCGCCCUCUCUCUGUCCUUCUCUGUCCUUCUCUCUCUCUCCUUCUCUCUCGCCCUCUCUCUUUCCUUCUCUGUCUCCGUCUGUCUUUCUUCACUCCCUCUCUGUCCUGUCUUACCCCUCACAUACAGUGAUCUCCAACAGUAGACUACCUAGGUUUCCUACUACUACUAGGUUUCCAUCCAAUUGGCAAAUUAUUUCCAUGCGAAUAUUCUAAAAUCUGCAUAAAACAAUAUGCACAUUUUCCCAUCAGAGAUGUUUCCAUCAAGCUGACUUUUUGCAGAUAAAAGGCUGUGCGUGAUGACGUAGCGCACAUAAAAUUACUUUUUACCAUUCAAUCCCAAUGUACCAAAUGAAAAUACAAGUUAAAUGGGUUUCCAUCACAUUUUCAAAUUUACUGAUGGUUUUGUCACAAAAAUGUUUGCACUAUAUAGAAAAUGUGCCUACUCUGGUCUUGGCACGUGCACUUGAGCCAACAGCUCGCAGAUACAGUAGGCUACCUACAUUAUGAGAUUAUUAUGGAUAAGAGCGAUCAUCAUGUCACCAGAAUAAGGCCCUCAAUAUUUAAUGGAAAGGAGCAUCAAGCUCAUCACCUUGAACUUUCACCACCUAUUUAAUCUGUAGCCUAAUAAACUGCUUUCCUGAGUCGUAGUGGGAGGACCACACAACAUAUCAUCGAUGUGAUGGUUAUUUUCACUGCUAUUUCUCGCAUAAUUAAUUUUACAGACACAAAAAGAUCCUACCAUGUCGAAAGAACAACUUGUCUGUCGGCAUUUCUAAAAUUCGACCGGCAUUUCAUGUUUCCAUCAGCAGUCGUGACUUUUUCCAUGCGUCAGGUAAUUCAUCUGCAUGAAAUGGUUGGACACAUAUAGUGACACAUUUUAGUUGUUGUUUUGGCUCUGUACUCCAGCACUUUGGAUUUUAAAUGAUACAAUGACUAUGAGGUUACAGUGCAGACUGGCAGCUUUAAUUUGAGGGUAUUCUCAUCCAUAUCGGGUGAACCGUUUGUACAUAGUCCCCCCAUUUUAGGGGACCAAAAGUAUUGGGCCAAAUUCACGUAUGUGUAUUAAAGUAGUAAAAAGUGAAGUAUUUGGUCCCAUAUUCCCAGCACUCAAUGACUACAUCAAGCUUGUGACUCUACAAACUUGUUGGAUGCAUUUGCUGUUUGUUUUGGUUGUGUUGCAGAUUAUUUUGUGCCCAAUAGAAAUGAAUGGUAAAUAAUGUAUUGUGUCAUUGUGGAGUCCCUUUUAUUGUAAAUAAGAAUAGAAUAUGUUUCUAAACAUUUCUACAUUAAUGUGGAUGCUACUAUGAUUACGGAUAAUCCUGAAUUAAUCGUGAAUAAUGAUGAGUGAGAAUGUUACAGAUGUACAAAUAUCAUACCCCCAAGACAUGCUAACCUCUAACCAUUACAAUAACAGCAAAUACUUCACUUUUUACGACUUUAAUACACAUAUAAGUGAAUUUGUCCCAAUACUUUUGGUUUCCCAAAAUGGGGGACUAUGUACCAAAACAUGUAUUCACCCGAUAUGGAUGAAAAUACCCUCAAAUUAAAAAGCUGAAAAUCUGCACUUUAACCUCAUAGCCAUUGUAUCAUUUCACAUCCAAAGUGCUGGAGUACAGAGCCAAAACAACAACAUGUGUCACUCUCCCAAUACUGUUGGAGCUCACUGUACAUGCUGAUUAAUGUGUGAAUGGGUCUGUAUGUGUGUCUGCAGGGUUGGACCUAUGCCAUAGACUUCCCUGCCACCUACACCAAAGACAAGAAGUGGAACUCGUGUGUCCGUCGCAGGCGAUGGAUCCGCUACAGGAGGUACAAGGCCACGGACACCUGGGCCAAGGUGUGUAUUUGGAGAAAUAUAAUCACCUGUCACAACCAGGAUGUAACUGUGUUCCUCUGCAGUCUACAGCCUUUGUAUUGUACUCAUUAUGUGCUGUAGUUUACAGUAUAUGUAUGUAUGUGUGUGUGUGUUCCUGUGUGUGUGUGUGUGUGUUCCUGUGUGUGUGUGUUCCUGUGUGUGUGUUUCUGUGUGUGUGUUCCUGUGUGUGUUUGUUCCUGUGUAUGUGUGUGUGUGUGAGUGUGUGUUCCUGUGUGUGUGUGUGUUCCUGUGUGUGUGUGUGUGUGUGUGUGUGUUGACCUGUCUCUCUCUCUCUGUUACCAGAUCCCGUCAGAGGGUCACAGUGGUCCCCUGCCAGACCCCUUUAAUGACAUCAGCUGUGGAGGCUGGGAGAUCAGUGAGGAGCCCAGGGGGAGGCUGUCUCUGUGGGCCGUCUCUUUACAGGGCAAGGUAACACACACACACACACACUCACACACACACUAACACACACACACACACACACACACACACACACACAGCUCAGAGGGGGAGGUCAUAUCUCCAGAGAUCACAAAACACUGCCAGGUUGAGACAGAGCUGCAUUUCCUAUUACCUCAACUACCUCAACUAGCCGGUGCCCCCGCACAUUGACUCUGCAACGGUACCCCCCUGUAUAUAUAGCCUCCCUACUGUUAUUUUAUUUUACUUCUGCUCUUUUUUUUCUCAACAUUUUUUAUUUUUUACUUUUUUUGUUAAAAAUAAAUGCACUGUUGGUUAAGGGCUGUAAGUAAGCAUUUCACUGUAAUGUCUGCACCUGUUGUAUUCGGCGCAUGUGACCAAUACAAUUUGAUUUGAUUUGAUUUGAUUUGUACACAAUACUAAUGUAUUCCUAAGUCAUUUGAUUGACUGAUUGUUUGAUCCGGGUCAUUAGGUGUGGUUUCGUGAGGGUAUCCACCACCACAGCCCAGAGGGGGAUGGCUGGGAGGAGGUGUCUCUGCCUGGGGAGGUGGUGCAGAUCAGCUGUGGUCCAGGGGACCUGGUCUGGGCCGUGCUCUGGGAGGGACAACUCAUCGUCAGGGAGGGCAUCACCAGAGACUGCCCACAAGGUGAUUGGUUGACAGAGGAAGUGUGUGUAUGCGUGCAUGUUAGAGAGAGACAGAGAGACAGCAUGCUUGUGUCUGUUUGUGUGUGUGCAACGAAGAGAGAGAGAGAGAGCAGAGAGAGAGAGUAGUAUGCACUCACUAACUGUAAGUCGCUCUGGAUAAGAGCGUCUGCUAAAUGACUAAAAAGUAAAAUGUAAGCCAGAUUGGAUUUUUUUAAAUUAUCGUACAACAGACCACAUUUACACCCUCCACACUCUAAUUGACAAACAAGUAAACCAAAACAAAUGUGCGGUUAAAAUCGGCAAAAAGCAAACAGACUUCUUCUCUCAGGGACAUGGAGUGAAACAGGGCUGCCCAAUAAGUCCAACACUAUUUAACAUCUAUAUUAAUGAAUUGGCAAAAACAUUAGAAGAAUCGGCAGCACCUGGUCUCACCCUACACAACACUGAAAUCAAGUGUCUGCUGUACGCAGAUGACCUGGUGCUACUGUCUCCCACUAAGUAUGGGUUACAGCAGCAUCUAGAUCAUCUGCACAGGUUCUGUCAGACCUGGGCUCUGACCGUUAAUAAAAAAAGGUCAGGAAAUCAGGAUGUCAAAUAUAAAUUCUAUUUGGACACAGUUCUAUUAGAACACACCAAAAAUUACACGUAUCUAGGACUAAAUAUCAGCAACACAGGUAGCUUUCACAUGGCUGUGAAUGAGCUGAGAGACAAAGCAAGAAGAGCAUUCUAUGCCAUUAAAAGGAAUAUUAAAAUCGAAAUUCCAAUUAGAAUCUGGCUCAAAGUUUUCCAAUCAGUUAUAGAACCAAUUGCUCUAUAUGGCAGCGAAGUAUGGGGUCCGCUCUCUAAUACUGAAUUUACCAAAUGGGACAAACAUCCAAUCGAAAUACUGCAUGCAGAGUUUUGCAAGACUGUAGAGCAGAAUUGGGCCAAUACCCCCUCCUUAUUCAAAUAGAAAAAGAGCCAUCAAAUUUUACAACCAUCUAAAAACAAAUGACCCCAAAACAUUCCAUCACACAGCUCUACUAUGUCAAGAGAUGAAACAAGAGAAGAGUCCCCUCAGCCAGCUGGUUCUGAGGCUCAGUUCACUAACCAAAACCAACCUCAUAGAGCCUCAGGACAGCACUCAGAAAAUCUGGCCCAACCAAAUCAUCACAAAGCAAAAAUAUAAAUAUAUCACCUAUUGGAAAGACGCCACAAAAAAUCUAAGUAAACUUCAAUGCUAUUUGGCUCUAAACAGACAGUACAUGGUGGCAGACUAUCUGACCACUGUGACUGAUAGAAAACUGAGGAAAACAAUGACUAGGUACAGACUCAGUGAGCUCAGUCUGGCAAUAGAGACCGGUCGUCACAUGCAAACCUGGCUGCCCAGAGAGGACAGGCUGUGCUCACUCUGCCCCCGGGGAGAGGUAGAGACAGAGCUCCAUUUCCUAUUACACUGUGACAAAUACUCAGACCCAAAGUAUCAUUCAGUACAAAGAAUUUGAAACUAUAAAAGAGGAAGAAAAAAUCUAAUAUUUAUUGGGUGAAAAGCCAAAAUGUGCAAUUUUGGCAGCCAAAUAUGUGUCCUCCUGCCACAACCUGAGGGACAGCCAGUGAAAAAUGUAAUGUCAAUAAUAUUUCCUGUUUUGUUUUGGCUUUCAUACCACGUCAUGUGUCUUCUCAGUCAUGUUGAGACUGGUCGACUACUAUUGCUUUAAUGUAUUGUUAUUCUCAUUAAAUGUGUUGUUGUAGUUGCUGUUAAUGGUAAUCCCAUUUCCACUACUACUAUUAUUAUUGCAGUUGGUCCCACCAUUUCUGUUAUAUGUAUACUUUGACAAUGUAAGUAAUUUAACUUGCCAUGUCAAUAAAGUAAAUUGAAUUGAAUUGAAUUGAAUUGAGAGAGAGAGAGAGAGAGCGAGAGAGAGAGAGAGAGAGAGAGAGAGAAGAAUGAGGAGGAGCAAGAGAGAGAGAGAUAUAGAGAGGGAGAGAAGCAGAGAAGAAGACUGAGAGAAAAGAAGAGAGAACGGGAAGAGAAGAACGGGAAGUAUAAUGAACCCAAAGAGGGAAACGACAACGAGAAAAGAUUUUAAAGUGAAGCUAGGAUCCUAAAAAAUAAAAGAACUCUCGAGUAGCUCAUAUUUUGCCCCCCUUUUUUUAGUUUUUGCCCCUUUAUUCCUUUUCUGAUACUUCUGUUCUUUUUUCCCUUUUUUUCUUUAAAAUUUUUUCCCCCCCCUUUAAAAUUUUUCUUUCCUUCUCCUUCUUUAAACCCCCUUUCUAACUCAAUUCUCUCCUUCUUCUCUUUUUGGGGCCCCUUGAGGGUUUUAAAAAAAACCCGGUGGGGUGUGUUCCGCUUUCCCCGUUUUCCCGUUUGGGAUAGCUGUUUUUCCCCUGCCUUGUUUCUCCUUUUGGCCCCAAUAGUUUUCGUCCUUCCGUGUUUUCCUUUAGUAAAUUUUGUUGUUUUUUUUGUUUUUUUCCUUGGGUUUUUUGGUCUGAUAUUUGCCCCCUGUUUUUCCCCUGUCGUCCUGAAUUUUCGUUUCUUUGUUUUUUUUAGAAAAAGAGAGGGGGAAAAAAAGAGAGAGAGAGAUGAGUGAGAAAAGAAAGGAGAGAGAGAAAAGAAGAGAGAACAGAGAGAAGACUGGGGAGGAGACAGAGAAGAGAGCCCAAAAAGAGAGAGGGGCGACAAGAGAAACGGGGGAACGGGGGAAAGAACCCGAGGAGAAAAAAAAAAAAGGGGGGGGGGGGGGGGGGGGGGGCCCCCCCCCCAAAGGGAAAAAAAGGGGGGCCCCCCCCCCCUUUUUAAAACCCCCCCCCCCCCCCCAAAAAAAAAUGGGGGGGGGGCCCCCAAAAAAAACCCGGGGGCGAGAGAGAAAACAAAAGGGAGAGACAGAGAGAAAGAGAGGAGAGAGUGUAGUUUUCCUGCUCUCCGUUGUCUCCUCCCUCUAGAGGUGCUGGUUCCCCUCUUUUUGUUUUCCUUGUGUCCUCAUUAGUUUUCCCAGGUCACCGUGCCUUUUUUUCCCCUUAGUUUUUUAGCGGUUUUUUCCCCUUGUUUCACUUGGUUAUUGCGCCCUACUUGUGUCCCUGCUUUUCCCACCGUGUCAGUCCAGUAAUUUUUAAAAUUUCUUUUUUUGUUUUUUCCCCUCGGGGAGGUUUUUUUUGCCCUGUUUGGAACAUUAAAUCUACUUCCGGGAGUUUUUUGUUUUUUUUUGGGGUCCACCUCUUUUUGGGGAAAAGUCCCCCAUCCCAAAUCUACCCCGGUUUCCCCCUUUCGAAAAACCAAGAAAAUCCCCCCAAAAAUGUUCCCGGACCUGUGGCUUCCCCGAAGACCCUUUUUUUUUAACCCUCCUCCCCCACCGACAAGAGGGCUGUGGCUUUUUUUUCUAACUCUGGCCGAAAUAUGGUCCCCUUCGCCCUUUUAACCCCCCCUGGCCCUUCCCCCCCCCCCGGUCACCCCCCAACCGGGCCUUUUUUUUUUUGGGGGCCCCACUCCCCCCCCCAACCCUUUUCGGGGGAUCCAAUCUUCCCGGGGUUUCCUCCCCCAAUCCCCCUUUUUCCCCUCAUUCCCCAACCUCAAUUUUUUCCCCAAACCUUCCCAAAGCCCCCCAAACCCCCUUUGGGGUCCCCGGGUUCCGGGUGGGGGCCCCGGGGUUCUUGUGACCCCCCAAGGGGGAUUGUAGGGGGGGGGUUUUUUUCGACCCCUUUUUCGGGCCCCCAAGCGCCAGUUUUGCAGGGCCCCCCCCGAAAGGUUUUUGAAAUGUUUUGGGGAAAAGGGGGGCCCGUGGGGGAUGAGCCUAGGGUUGCCGGGAGGGUAUUGACCCCCUUCGGGGUUUGCCCCCGAACCACCCGGAGACCGGCCCCCCAGUUUCCCCAUCCCGGAAAGUCUCCGGGGGCCCCCCGUCAGGGCUGCCCGUUCCUAAACCCGUUUUUCCGGGGACCCCCCUUUAGUUUUCCCCCCCCCUCCCCCCCGGUUUUCCCCGGGGGUUUUUUUUUUGGGGUUAAAGGUUUUCCCCGAAAGGGGAAACUCCAUCUCUGCCUCUCCUUUUUCCCCCAUGUCCACUUCCCCCCCUUUUUUUGGGAAAGGGCCCCCCCGAGCAAGGGGGUUUUGGGGGGGUUUUAAGCCCCCUCCUCUAACCGUCCUUUUUCCGCCCCUUCUGGAGGGGAUGGGGAGGCUUACAACCGUCCCCGGUAUUAUGGUGAAAACCUUUGGGGAGGAACAAGCCCCCCAAUCUUCCCCCCGGCUUUCCCCUUAAGGGAGCCCUCGGAACCAAAAGGUUCUAACCCCUCCUUGGGCCCCACCUUUAACCCCCAAGAGGAGCCCUUUUACCAUUACUCUGAGAACCCUUUCCCUGGGCAAACCCCCAAAACCCAGAAACCCAAUCCGGGCCUCGGACCUUUUACCGGGCCCCUUUGCCAAUCACCUUCCGAGUCCUGCCCCAAAUCCCCUUUUCAAAUCUUUUGAGUCCCCAGCCCCGUUUUCCAUUUAAAAGAAAAAAAAAAAAAUGUUCAGCAACCCCGGGUCGCCCCCCGCCUCUCGCUUUGACUUUUGACUUCCCCCCCCCCUUUUGGGCCCCUUUUCCUUUCCCCCCCCCCAGCAGGGGACACCUACAUUAAGGAGUCCUUGGCAGCCGGCCUCAUCUAUGCCUCUACUUCCCCGGCUGGGGCGGGCUUCUUUUUUGUUGAAAAGAAAGACGGGGGUCUUAGGCCGUGUAUUGAUUACCGGGGACUCAACAAGAUCACGGUUCGGAAUCGAUACCCCCUUCCUCUCAUGGCCACUGUUUUUGAGCUGCUUCAAGGGGCUUCCAUUUUUACUAAGCUGGAUCUCCGCAAUGCUUACCAUCUCGUGCGGAUCCGGCCAGGAGACGAAUGGAAGACGGCGUUCAACACGCCCACGGGACACUAUGAAUAUCGGGUGAUGCCGUUCGGGCUCACCAAUGCCCCCGCAGUAUUCCAAGCCCUGAUUAAUGAUGUUCUCCGGGAUAUGCUUAAUCUGUUCGUCUUCGUGUACCUGGACGAUAUCCUCAUCUUCUCGAGGUCACUGAAGGAGCAUGAGGGGCAUGUUAGCCGGGUUCUCCAGAGGCUCCUUGACAAUCACCUCUACGUUAAGCCUGAGAAGUGUGAAUUUCAUGUUGCUCAGACUCAGUUUCUCGGGUUUAUUGUCACUCCCGGGCACCUAGAGAUGGAUCCCAAGAAGGUCAAGGCGGUCCACGAUUGGCCCACACCUGCCACGGUCAAGGAGGUUCAACGGUUCAUUGGCUUUUCUAACUUCUAUCGGAAGUUCAUCAAGAAUUUCAGCUCGGUGGUAGCCCCCUUGACGACGCUUACCAAGGGAGGAGGGACCAAGAUUCACUGGGGUCCGGAAGCAGCAGGGGCCUUCAAGGAUCUCAAGCGCCGCUUCACUUCUGCUCCGAUUCUGGUGACCCCUGACCCAGAAAGACCUUUCGUGAUGGAGGUGGACACCUCAGAAGUGGGGGUAGGAGCCGUCCUGUCACAGAGGGGUGCGGAGGGGAGAUUACACCCUUGUGCCUUCAUGUCUCGCCGCCUGUCUGAGGCCGAGCGCAACUACCACGUGGGGGAUCUAGAGUUGCUUGCGGUAAAACUGGCCUUGGAGGAGUGGCGCCAUUGGCUUGAGGGGGCUCAGCACCCUUUCCAGGUUCUCACAGACCACAAGAACCUGGAAUAUCUCCAACAGGCUAAGCGGAUGAACCCUCGGCAAGCACGAUGGUCUCUUUUCUUUAAUCGAUUCCAGUUCCUCCUGACUUACCGACCUGGCACCAAGAACGUCAAGCCGGAUGCUCUGUCUCGAGUCUACUCUCCCGAGGUACAAGAGAAGCCCUUGGCAUCGAUUAUUCCGAGGUCUAGGAUCGUCGCACCUCUUCAGUGGGAACUAGAAAGAGGGGUACGAGAAGCUCUUGUCCAAGAGCCCGAUCCAGGCGGUGGUCCUGCCGGUCGCCUGUACGUUCCUCUCUCUGUUUGGGCCCGCGUCUUGCAGUGGGGUCAUGAGUCGCCCUUGACAUGCCAUCCAGGCAGUGCUCGCACACUGGAGUUCCUCCGACGGCGGUUUUGGUGGCCGUCCAUCAAGAAGGACGUGCAGGGCUAUGUUGAGGCCUGCCCUGUGUGCAACCAGGGAAAGUCGACACGCCAGCGACCCCAGGGACUGCUCCAUCCCUUACCUGUUCCUCGAGGGCCAUGGUCACACCUUUCUCUGGACUUUGUUACGGGACUUCCUCUAUCCCAGGGCAACACCGUCAUCCUAGUGGUGGUAGACCGGUUCUCUAAGGCUGCCCGGUUUAUCCCCCUGCCCAAGCUGCCCUCGGCUAAGGAGACUGCUGAGCUCCUCAUGAACCAUGUCUUCCGGAUAUUUGGUAUUCCCCUGGACGUGGUCUCUGACCGAGGUCCCCAAUUCUCGUCCCGGUUUUGGGGGGCCUUCUGCAGGCUUGUUGGGGCCACAGCCAGCCUAUCGUCGGGGUUCCAUCCAGAGUCUAAUGGCCAAACGGAACGGGUUAAUCAGGAUCUGGAGACCACCCUGCGGUGUAUGGCGGCCAGUAAUCCCACGUCUUGGGCCACCUAUAUUAUUUGGGCUGAAUAUGCCCACAACACCCUCCAGUCCUCAGCCACCGGAUUGUCCCCAUUCGAAUGCCAGUUCGGUUACAACCCUCCAUUAUUUCCAGAGGAGGAGGCGCAGGUUGGUGUUCCCUCGGCCCAGCGCUUUGUCCAACGCUGUAGGCGGACCUGGAAGAAGGCCAGGCGUGCCCUCCUUCGGACCUCCCAGAGAUACCAAAGUCAGGCUAAUCGCCACCGCCGGACGGCCCCUAGUUUCCGAGCUGGUCAGAGAGUUUGGUUGGCCACUAAGAACCUGCCCCUCCGGGUCGAAUCCAAGAAGCUUUCCCAGAGAUACAUCGGCCCUUUCCGCAUUGCUAGAAAGGUUAACCCUGUGUCUUAUCGUUUGGUUCUCCCUCGCUCCCUUCGUAUUAACCCCACUUUCCAUGUCUCACUUAUUAAACCUGUCUUGUCUUCUCCCUUUGCCCCCCCACGCAGACCCCCGCCACCUCCCAGGAUUAUUGACGGCCAGCCAGCCUACACAGUCCGCCGGAUACUGGACUCCCGGAGGGUCCAGAACUCUCUGCAGUAUCUGGUGGACUGGGAGGGCUACGGGCCAGAGGAGCGCUCCUGGGUUCCAGCCAGGGACAUCCUGGAUCCAGGGUUGGUCCGAGAUUUUCGCACCCUGAGGCCAGGGUGUUCUGGAAGGAACGUCAGGAGUCGUUCCUAGAGGAGGGGGUCCUGUCAGCUUCCUGCUUCUCCUGUUUGUCUCCUGGCCUCUAGAGGUCAGCUGUGUUCCCCUCUGCCUUUGUUCUUCCUCAUGUGUCCUCAUUAGUUUGAUCCAGGUCACCUGUGCCUUGUUUUCCCUUUAGUAUUUUAGCUGUGUGUUUUCCCCUUGUUUCUCACUUGGUUAUUGCGUCCUGACUAUGUGUCUCCUGCUUUGUCCCACCGUGUCAGUCCUAGUAAGUUGUUCAAAGUUAUCUUUAGUUUGUUUUUCUCCCCUCGUGGAGUUGUUUUGUUUUGCCUCCUGUUUUGGAACAUUAAAUCUACUUGCCUGGAGUAUUGCCUUGGGUGUUUCAUUUGGGUCCUACAACAUCUCCUCUGUGGCUAAGGGGUAGUACCCCCAGCUCUACACAUCUGAGACCGGAGUUCUAGCCCGGCUUGUGACAGAGAGAGUGAGAGAAGCAGAGAUAGAGAGAGCGACAAAGAGAGAGAGAGAGAGCGACAAAGAGAGAGAGAGAGCAGAGAGAGAGAGCGACAAAGAGAGAGAGAGAGCAGAGAGAGAGAGGGACAAAGAGAGAGAGAGAGAGACAAAGGGAGAGACAGAGAGAGAGAGAGAGAGAGUGAGAGAAGCAGAUAGAGAGAGAGAGAGCAGAGAUAGAGACAAGAGAGAGAGACAAAGAGAGAGCAGAGAGAGAGAGCGACAAAGAGAGAGAGAGAGCGACAAAGAGAGAGACAGAUAGAGAGAGAGAGAGAGAGCAGAGAGAGAGAGCGAGAGAGAGAGAGAGACGAGAGAGAGACAAAGAGAGAGAAAGAGAGAGAGAGAAACAAAGAGAGAGAGAGAGAGAGACAAAGAGAUAGAGAGAGCAGAGAGAGAGAGACAAAGAGAGAAAGAGAGCAGAGAGAGAGACAACGAGAGAGAGAGACAAAGAGAGAGAUAAUGCAUGCAGAGCAGAAUUAGGCCAAUACCCGCUAAUUAUCAAAAUCCAGAAAAGAGCUGUUAAAUUCUACAACCACCUAAAAGGAAGCGAUUCCUAAACCUUCCAUAACAAAGCCAUCACCUACAGAGAGAUUCACCUGGAGAAGAGUCCCCUAAGCAAGCUGGUCCUCUGUUCACAAACACAAACAGACCCCACAGAGCCCCAGGACAGCAACACAAUUAGACCCAACCAAAUCAUGAGAAAACAGAAAAACAAUUACUUGACGCAUUGGAAAUAAUUAAUGCUAUUUGGCUCUAAACAGAGAGUACAAAGUGGCAGAAUACCUGACCACUGUGACUGACCCAAAAUUAAGGAAGGCUUUGACUAUGUACAUACUCAGUGAGCAUAGCCUUGCUAUUGAGAGAGGCCGCUGUAGGUAGACCUGGCUCUCAAGAGAAGACAGGCUAUGUGCACACUGCCCACAAAAUGAGGUGGAAACUGAGCUGCACCUCCUAACCUCCUGCCAAAUGUAUGACCAUAUUAGAGACACAUAUGUCCCUCAGAUUAUACAGACCCAAAAAGAAUUCGAAAAUGAACCCAAUUUUGAUAAACUCCCAUAUCUAUUGGGUGAAAUACCACAGUGUGCCAUCACAGCAGCAAGAUUUGUGACCUGUUGCCACAAGAAAAGGGCAACCAGUGAAGAACAAACACCAUUGUAAAUACAACCCAUAUUUAUGUUUAUUUAUUUUCCCUUUUGUACUUUAAUUAUUUGCACAUAAUAUGACAUUUGAAAUGUUUUUAUUCUUUUGGAACUUCUGAGUGUAAUGUUUACUGUUCAGUUUUUGUUUAUUUCACUUUUGUUUACUAUCUACUUCACUUGCUUUGGCAAUGUUAACAUACGUUUCCCAUGCCAAUAAAGCCCUUAAAUUGAAUUGAAAUGAACUGAGCGAGAGAGAGAGAGAGAGAGAGAGAGAGAGAGAGAGAGAGAGAGAGAGAGAGAGAGAGAGAGAGAGAGAGAGAGAGAGAUAGAGAUAGAGAUAGAGAUAGAGAUAGAGAUAGAGAUGGAGAGCGAGAGAGAGUCUAAUGGUCUCAUGAUUCCUCUUCUCUGUCUGUCAGGCUCCUCCUGGGUAGUGGUGGACUCUCCCAGCCCAGAGGCCGGGGCCAUCCACGUAGCUGUGGGGGACAACGUAGUCUGGGCCGUCACCAAGGACAACAAGGUAAGACAAUACCACUGAGUGUCCAUAACUGAACACUCAUUUCUAUGCUUCAUUAUUGGACAUAAUGAUAAUACACUGUGUGCACAAUUAUUAGGCAAGUUGUAUGUUUGAGGAUUUUAUUAUUGAACAACCACAGUGCUCUUGGUCAAUCCAAAAUGUUAAUAAACCUCAAACCUGAAUAAUUAAGAAAGUAAAAGUGAGGUUUUGGCUUUCUUUGGAGAAUAUCUACGUGUGCACAAUUAUUGGGCAACUAUUAGUGUGCAGAAUUAUUAUGCAACAAAAUGAAAAACGAAAGGUUCCCCAUCUCACUUGUUUAUUUUCAUAUGUUAAAGUGAGAAUAAUAAACAAACAACUCAACAUUUACAAAUAAACAUUUCUGACAUUUAAAAAAAAAUUCUGUGACCAAUAUAGCCACCCUUCUUCUCAAUAACAGUCAUAAGCCUUCCAUCCAUGGAGUCUGUCAGUUUCUUGAUCUGUUGACGAUCAACUUUUUGUGCAGCAGCAACCACAGCCUCCCAGACACUGGUCAGAGAGGUGUACUGUUUUCCUUCACCGUAAAUCGACCGUUUAAGAAGGGACCACAAGUUCUCAAUAGGGUUUAGGUCAGGUGAGGAAGGGGGCCAUGUCAUUAUUCUUUCAUCUUUAAGGCCUUUACUGGCUAGCCACGCAGUGGAGUACUUCGAUGCAUGCGAUGGAGCAUUGUCCUGCAUAAAAAUCAUGGUCUUCUUGAAAGAUGCAGACUUUUUCCUGUACCACUGCUUGAAGAAAGUGUCUUCUAAAAACUGGCAGUAGGUUUGGGAGUUGAGUUUGAGUCCAUUUUCAACCCGAAAAGGUCCAACUAGCUCAUCUUUAAUAAUACCAGCCCAUACCAGUACCCCACCUCCACCUUGCUGGCGUCUGAGUCGAAGUGGAGCUCCGUGCCCGUUACUGAUCCAGCCACGGACCCAUCCAUCUGGUCCGUCAAGAGUCACUCUCAUCUCAUCAGUCCAUAAAACCUUUGAAAAAUCUGUCUUCAUAUAUUUCUUGGCCCAGUCUUGACGUUUCAACUUAUGUGUCUUCUUCAGUGGUGGUCGGAUUUCAGCCUUCCUUACCUUGGCCAUGUCUCUGAGCACCUUGUACUUCUGGGCACUCCAGGUAGGUUGCAGUUCUGGAAUAUGACAGCACUGGAGGAUAAUGGGUUCCUGGUAGCUUCACGUUUGAUUCUUCUCAAAUCUUUGGCAGUUAAUUUGCGUCUUUUUUUCUCAACACGGUUCUUGCGAUCCUGUUGACUAUUUGCAACAAAAUGUUUGAUGGUUCUGUGAUCACGGCCCAAUAUCUUAACAAUUUCAAGAGUGCUGCAUCCCUCUGAAAUACUUUUUACAAUUUUUGACUUUUCAGAGUCAGUUAAAUCUCUUUUUUGGCCCAUUUUGCCUGAGGAAAAGAAGCUGCCUAAUAAUUAUACACACCUUGAUAUAGGGUGUUGAUCUCCUUAGGCCACACCCUCCCUCAUUACACAAAUACACAUCACCUGAUAUGCUUAAAUCCAAUAAACAUUCCAGUUUGUACAGCUUGGAGUUGGGAAAUAUGCAUAAUAAUGAUGAUAUGGUCAAAAUACUGACCUAAUAAUUGUGCACAUAGUGUAGAUUUUAUUUAUAUAGCGCUUUUCAUUACAUACUAAACAAAAAACGGAAUUUGAAUUAAUUGAUGAUAGUUCAUGUGGUGAUGGACAAUGAUGAACAUGAGCUAAAGGAAGAAUUCAGGGAAAAACACAAAUGUCAUUUUAAUUCCGCCACGUCAACCUCUGUUUAUGAAUCAUUCAGUCAUGACUGUUUCCCUGAUGACCUGAUCUUCUGUUGGUACCUGUCAGGUAUGGUUCAGGCGUGGCAUCAACUCCCAUAACCCCCGUGGUUCAGGCUGGAUUGGGAUGGUCGGGGAGAUGGUCAUGAUCAAUGUGGGUCUCAACGACCAGGUAAGGAGCCAUAACUUAACUAUUUCCUCUGCUUAUUCAACUAAUUAUAACGUUCCCCUAGACUCUUAUAGCCUAACGGCAUGGCCUUAAUCUCAUACACUGUACAUUAACAGUGGUCCUCUGUAGCUCAAUUGGUAGAGCAUGGCGCUUGUAACGCCAGGGUAGUGGGUUCGAUCCCCGGGACCACCCAUACGUAAAAAUGUAUGCAUGCAUGACUGUAAGUCGCUUUGGAUAAAAGUGUCUGCUAAAUGGCAUAUUAUUAAUAUUAUAUUAAUUCAUGAAUAAAUUAUGCAUUAUGAUUAAAAGGCAGUUUAGUAAUGGAGAACAAACACAGUAUCACGUUAGUUUCUUGUGUGGCUCUCGCCUCAUGUGUUCUGUUCUGUCCAGGUGUGGGGUAUCAGCUGUGAGGACCGGGCAGUGUAUUUCCGUCAGGGUGUGACCUCCAGUGAGUUGAGUGGUAAAGCCUGGAAGGCUAUCAACGUGCCCCGAGACGGAGACGUCAGGUCCCACUCCUCCGCCAGCAGUAGCAGUCUGCACAGGUGUGCUGGCGACAUGGACACACACACAUUGUUUUCACUGCUUGGGCAACCUCGGCUACAUAAAACGAUUAGCCAAGCAGUCUGCCAGCUGGGUGCUCUGUGUAAUAAUAAUAGUUUCUCUCUCUCUCUCUCUCUCUCUCUCUCUCUCUGUCUCUCUCUCUCUCUCUCUCUCUCUCUCUCUCUCUCUCUCUCUCUCUCUCUCUCUCUCUCUCUCUCUCUCUCUCUCUCUCUCUCUCUGUCUGUCUGUCUGUCUGUCUGUCUGUCUGUCUGUCUGUCUGUCUGUCUGUCUGUCUGUCUGUCUGUCUGUCUGUCUGUCUGUCUCUAUCUGUGUGUCUCUCUCUCUCUCUCUCUCUCUCCCACAGUGCUGGUUGUUUCUUCAGUGGUGAGGUGCGAGCCCGGUCUGUGAUGAGUGAAGACUCAGACACAGAGACUGGUCCACAGAGGGCAGUCCUAGAGGUAGGGGCCUGCCCCUCCUCCCCUCCCUCCGAGCCCACUCCCAUUGACCCUGACGUCCCCAAACCACGCAUCCCCAAGGUCACCAGCGACAGCUUCAUCUCCGAGAUGCUCUCCGACCGCGAGGUCAAACGGGAGGGGGCCACCACUGCCGUCACCGCCGGUCCCUCUAUCCCAGAAGAGGAGGUCUCUCUUGGGGAAGCAGAGGCCAAGUCUCCCCCUCCGGCCCUGGUUCUGUCCCCCAGCCUGUCUGGAGGGCCUGGGCACCCCCAAUGGAGUAACGUGGACCUGGAAGAGGCCCAGACUCACCUGGCUGUGGGUCCGGCUGGGGUGAGAGGGGACUCGGCUGACACCUGUAGCCUAUCCUCUGUAGCCACCUACACCCUGUGUCAGGAGGAGCCUUAUGGGGCAGAUGAACACCCGCUCUGGGCAUGGGUCAGUGGAGGAGGCUGUGGUGUGGACUGUCACUCCCAGCUCAACUGGUUCAACUCUUCCACAGGUGAGACACAGAUACUGUAGAUAUUGUAUCGCUCUGAAAUUCUAUUUCUCCUGCAUAUCGAAACAAGCCAAGCAAUAUACAAAACUCCAGCUCCAACUCCCAAUUACACCAGAAUAUACAAUUCUGGCUGAUGGAACAGUGUCUCUGUGCUUGUUGUUGUUAUUGUUGAGUCACUGGAGUGUUUCCUCACAUGUUGUUGAUAAAGAUUUUGAUCUUUGUCUAUUUGUCUCUCCCAGCCCUGGCAUCAUCACUCCAGUCCAUGAGUCUGUCCAUCAGUCCAGCCCAGACAUCUGCCUGGCGGAAACAGAUAUUUGAGCAGUUCAGCGAACGCUCCAAGAGAGAGAUGGACAACUUUAAACACUACGAACAGGCCAUAGAACAGGUACCAACAACUUGAACGCUUACAAAUACUUUUUCUGGUUGCCAUGAUUUAAUUAGGUUUGUUUAUGACUUGUCCUUGUUGUAUAGAGGUUGAUUAGUCUCCCUCCCUCCCCUCCUUGGUCCCCUCCUCCUCUCCCUCCCUCCCCACCUCCGUCCCAGUCUGUGUGGGUGAAGAAAGGGACCAUGCAGUGGUGGAGGGACUGGAAGCCCCAUAAGUGGGUGGACGUGAGGUUUGCUCUGGAGCAGUUCUCAGGACCUGAGGGAAACAAGGACGGCAUCCUCUUCCUCUACUACACCUUCAACGAGGAGAAGAAGGUGAGGGGAGGGACACAGUGUGUGUUUGUGUGUUUUGGGUGAUCUGUAAUUAGUUAUUUAUUCAUCAUUUUUCUCCCCUCUCUUCCUCUCCUCUCUCUCUCCAGUACCUGCAUGCGUUCAUCAACGAGGUGACUAUCUUGGUGCCGGUGCUGAAUGACUCCAAACACACAUUUGCCAUCUACACAGCAGAGAGGACCAAACAGAGGUGGCCUAUCAGACUGGCUGCUGCCACCGAGCUGGAGAUGCACGACUGGGUAGGUUAUAUGAUCACCCUGACACACAGUACAAGUUCUCCAUUUUCACUGAAUAUCAUAUGUUUAUUCAUAAGGAAAUCUCAUGCUAAAUAAAGGAUGGUGAAGGGUUAUGCCACGUUUAGUAAAGCAUCAGAUGUAAGGACCUUUUAUAUGACCCUAUGUAGUAUGACCUUGCCUCUAUGUAGGGCUUAUGAAGACUCUCUGCAUGCUAUCCUUUAUAAGUUGUAGUUUGGUAAUGUUUUGACUGUCUCUCUGUACCCCCAGCUGGCCCUGCUGAGUGUGUCGUGCUGUGACUCCCGGGGGAUCCAGGGUCCCCCCUCUAAACAGGCCCUCUGGUCAGUCACCUGUAAAGGAGACAUCUUCGUCUGUGAGCCCUCACCUAGCCUGGAGGCCUGUCCCUACCCCACACCCUGCUACCAGAUUUAAGACACGUUUUCUGGGCUGUUAUCGAUGCUUAAUAAAGGCUUGAUAAAAGAUUCAUAUAAAUACAAAACUAUAUCAUGAAUUUGUUAUUCGUAGAUACAUAGAUAGAUAUUUGAUUGAUCAGAUGUAUGCACUUGACUGUCUGAAAAGCUUUGACUGUCUGAAUAGCUUUUACUGUCUGAAUAGCUUUGACUGUCUGAAUAGCUUUGACUGUCUGAAUAGCCUUUGAUUUAAAAUGUUAUACUUUUCCUUACUUUGUCUAUAACCACACGUUAUGUGUGUCUGCAGGUUCUGGCAUCAGGUCGGGGGCCACCUGCGUCUGGUGGAGUGUAACAGUCUGGGGGUGGUGUGGGGGGUGGGCUAUGACCACACUGCCUGGGUCUACACCGGCGGCUAUGGAGGUGGAUUCUUCCAG